UAUGCGUAAAUACACAUGCGGAAGGAAAACGGCGGUUGUUUUGUUUUGCGAAAAAUGAAAAAUAAUUUUUAGUUACAAAAACAAGAAUAAUGGAGUUGUCUGUUUUGAAAAAAAGCAUCGUAAAGCUCAAGUCUGACGAGGUCUUUAAUGUUUUAAAUAGAUGGUCUUUCUUGAAAAAGGAGGAAGUUCAAGAUGUGCGAGAAUUGUUGGCUUCAAAGUCAAAACAGUCUAAACAAUCUUUGGCACUAGAAGUAGCCAAUGUUUGUUGUAACAAAGGUGAUUUGACAAUGGACAAAGUUGGAGAGCUGGAACUGCUUUGUUUACAAAUGUAUUCUACAAAAAAGACAGUGGAGUGCCUAUCAUCUCUCGGAGAAACAAGGUUCUUCAUCUUUUGCUGAUGUCAAUAACUCUCCAUCUAAGUUAAGGACUCGGUUAAUAAAACAGAUCAAGAACUAUUUUCACAAGGGUUGCAGCGUAUCAUUACUGUUACGCGAGGGCUUGCUGUGGGGACGUUUGUAUCUUCCAAAUUCAAAGAAGAAAGGUUACCAGCCGACACAAUGUUUAUACUUCAUUUACUACCCGCAAUCUCCUGUCAUUAUCUUCAGCGGCAUGAAGGCAGCAUUUGCAGAAUUUGUUUCACAGUGCUUUGUGGUGGCCCUGGGUUAUAAACAGUUAACAGAGCUCAGUUUGACAGGACACCAUUACCCUUCUUUGGCGGAACUUGCAAUGGACAAGUUUUCUGAGGGUGGAUAUACAAAGUAUCAACAGACACACAGAUUGGGUGGACCUCUCAGUGAUGUCACAUCCAGGAAAAGAAAAGCGCAGGUAGUGAUUGAAAAUGACAAGCUUACAGAUACAAACAGAGAACAGAAGCGAAGAAGAUUGGAGAUUCUAGACGAGAAUUUCAGUGAAAAUGUGCAACCUACCUUAGAGAAAGUGGAGUACAGGGUCGAAUUGCCAUACAGAAACAAAGAAAUUGUACCAGAAUUGAAAAACGAUGGCAAUUUGCUACACAGCCGAGUGCGUUUCCGUGGAACUAGUGUACUGGAAGGACUAAGAAAUCUUGCAGCAGCUUCUUAUGCCACUGUGCCUUUACCAAAACAUUUAACAUGCAUUUCAUCAAGAGCUAGGAACACCUUUUUAUUAGCAAAACCACAAAAAACUGUAAAUACAUCAUCACAAAAUGUGACUCACAAUCAGACAAAACAUGGGAAGUAGAGGGAAGACGUAUUUGGUGCAUUUUACUAAACGAUAAUUUUAAAAGACUUUCAAUAUACUGGAAAAAUGUGUAGUUUCUUGAUAUGAACAUGUACAACAAUAUGUUUGAAUCAUGAGAAGCUAAAAUGUUUUAUAUGAACAUGACCAAUAUUCAGUAAAUAUACUAGCUAUCAUCAUCAGAGUCACAAAAAUGGUUUUGCUAAGUACAUUCAGUAUAAUUAUGAGGUAAGACUAAAAAGUUCAAAACUGACAUGAUAUUAAGACAAAUUUUAGACUUUAUUUUAUCGAUGUUUCUGUGCUAUGCCUUUUUUCAAAAUAAACAAGUAAAAUGGAAGUUCUAAAAAAUAUAACUAAAAAAAUAUAAGAUUUCAUACAUUUGAUAAACUCUUCACAUUGCCUAGUCAACAAAAUAUCGAAAUGAAUUUUGGCAAAACUGUAAUGUAUAAUCUGAGAUACAAGUAUUUUCUAUGGAAAUUAUAAAGAAACAGGUGUUAGAAAAUGGCGAUAUUACUUGUUAUCCAUCAAUCAUCUAACAAUAUUUUGGAAUUCAAGCUAUUUGGUUGAAAUGUUUCUUUACUUAUAUAUUUAAUUUAAGAAGUGUCUUUACAUAAGUGAUUAAUGUCACCAGUCCUGUUAUUUUAUCUAUUGGUUUAAGUGAAAAGUCAUUUAUAUCAUGAUUUUGUACAGUAUAAUGCAAAGCUAUAUUUGAAAAAUAGGGCAGACCGGUAGAUUUUUAUACGCCCAUUUCUGAAAGAGUGGGGCGUAUUAUGUGAACACCCGUAGUGAGCAGCAGGCGGGCGGCGUCCAAAGCAUGCCUGCUCUGUAAGUCAAAACAGUUUUCAUCCGAUCUUCACCAAACUUGCUGACAAUGUUUGUGGGCAUAAUAUCUCGACCAAGUUCAAUAAUCAACCAAAUCGCCCCAGGCACUCUUGGAUUAUGACCCUUGAAUUACUCUAAAAACUUUGAAUUUAGCCUCUUGGAUUAUGGCCCUUGAAUUACUCGAAAAACUGCGAAUUUAGCCUUGUCUGCUGUCUAAGUCGAACAGUUUUCAUCUGAUCUUCACCAAACUUGCUGAUAAUGUUUGUGGGGAUAAUAUCUCGGCCAAGUUCAAUAACCAACCAAAUCGCCCCAUGCACUCUUGGAUUAUGACCCUUGAAUUACUCUAAAAACUUCGAAUUUAGCCUCUUGGAUUAUGGCCCUUGAAUUACUCGAAAAACUGCGAAAUUUAGCCUUGUCUGCUCUCUAAGUCGAACAGUUUUCAUCUGAUCUUCACCAAACUUGCUGACAAUGUUUGUGGGCAUAAUAUCUCGGCCAAGUUCAAUAUCCACCCAAAUCGCCCCAGGCACUCUUGGAUUAUGACCCUUGAAUUACUCUAAAAACUUCGAAUUUAGCCUUUUCCACUCUCUAAGUUGAACAGAUACGAUCUUCACCAAACUUAAAUUUUUGCAAUAUUUUUUAUAUUUCGUAAAUUAUUUUCAACUUGCAGAAAAGAUUAGUAUAUAUUGGCAAUAAAAGUAAAACUGGAAACACAUUUCCAUUGUUGUAUUUUGUAAUAUUGUUACAUCAUAGUUUUUAAACCUUUUUAGCUCACCAGAAAAAGAAGUACUUUUUACAGAAAUGUGUCAUAGUCUCAACAUUAAUUAUGCAGAUUUUUCUUAUGUACUAGAGCUAAAUAUAGAAAUAUCUUCAAACAUUUUCUGCUGAAUUAUUAGUUUGCUUUUAAAAUAAUUUCAUGGGGACCCUUCUAUCAAAAUUGUUCAUAUUCAUCUGAUUUGCUAUAAAAAAUGCCAACCAGAGCUAAAAAAAAAUUAAAGAGAAAAACCUUCAAACAUCAUUGUUUCAUAAACCACUGAUAGGAUUGAAAUCAAUUUUCAGAAUUGUUCCUUCUGUGACCCUAUACCUUAAAGAUGUUAAAAUUCUGGAACUUUUAUGAUGCUUUAGUAUGUUUGCUGAACUUUAAAAGAGGAAAAAUUAAGCCACGCCAUGAGAAAACCAACAUAGUGCGUUUGCGACCAGCAUGGAUCCAGACCAGCCUGCGCAUCCGCGCAGUCUGGUCAGGAUCCAUGCUGUUUGCUUUCAAAGUCUAUUGCAAUUAGAGAAACCGUUAGCGAACAGCAUGGAUCUUGACCAGACUGCGCGGACACGCUAUGUUGGUUUUCUCAUAGCACAGCUCAAUUAUGUUUCUGAUAUUUUUAUGAUCUUUCAGAUUUUAUUGAAUUAAGUAUGAUAUAUAUUAUUACAACUUUAGUUGAAGAGUUUUUAGCUUUACUUUGUACAUAUUUUGCAUACUUAGUAAGCAUGAUCAUCCAAUUUUUAUGAGAACAUUUUAUUGUCAUGCAGUUUGAAAUCAGUUAAAGUCUUCUCCCUGUAAAUUGUACUUUUAUCAUUCAGUUGUAUUAAUGGUACAGUAUUUUGUGUAUCAUUUUAUUAAGUACUUUAUUUUUAAGUACUCUUUUACCUUACAUGAAAUAUAAUGUUAAUAUAGGACUAGAAAACAGGCUGUUAAUGUACACUUUUUCAGUAACAUCUUUUCUGAAUUUAAGGCUAUAUAUAAAGAACUAAACAGAUUGGUAAUAGGGACCUUUAAAACAUUGUAAGUAAACAUGUAUCUUGACUAGAUUUGAAUUUUUAAUAGCAUAAAUUUCAAUUUUAGUUGUAAAUUUCAACCAUUUUGGUGGUGAGUGAGUGACACCUUAAAGUUAUUUAUUGACAUAUCUUAAUAAAACUCUUAGGAUAUCUUAGCAUAAAAGCACCAUUUUCUGGUAAAAGAAUUGUAGAAUUAACCUUUAGCCUGCUGGCGGCAGAAGAUUCUGCCUUUGCGACCAGUGCAGACCAAGCUCAGCCUGCACAUCCGUGCAGGCUGAUCAUGGUCUGCACUGUUCGCUAUUCAGUCAGUAAAUUUUCAGCUAACACCCCUUUGAAUAAUAAGUGUUACUGCCCACAUUGAAUGAUGGACCAGUCCAUUUUAAAAAUUGAGCAGGCUAAAGGUUAAAAAAUAUAUAUAUACAAAAUUGUUCAUAGGUCAGAAUUUUACAUGGAAAAAAACCCAUAUUUUUUAGCCAUAAAGUUGACACCAUGGAACAUUUUAAAAGUUAAAAGUUUCUUCUGUCAGCCCUAGAGAUCUUUAGAUUGUUGUUUAACUUGUAUCAAUUUCUUGCAAAACAAGUAGAAAUUCUAAAAUAAAAACGCCACACACUGCAUUUUUUUAUCAAGUGUUUACCCAACUUAGCCAGCAGGAAAUCUUUAGUCACUCUGUAGUUAAUGCCCUUAAGUUACUCAGAAUUGCAAAAAAUACGGGCACUAAACCAGAUUGUUACCCCUGAUGACGCGCAGACUGUAGCCAUGGUAAUAUGAAAGUUUACUUGGUUUUAAAUUGUCAUUGACAUAAGACAGUAAAAGGAUCUAGUCUUGUGGACACAUAUAUAGUUUGUUCAGGUGGUCUUCAGACGAAAUUUACAUGACUUGUGUGAUAGACCCAUUGAUUAUACUUUAAUAUUGUUAAUAAACAUUGUUGUUCAA